AUGGAUAACAUUCUUUGUUGGAAUGUGAGGGGACUGAACAUGAAGGAUAAACAACUAAGGGUGAGGAAGUUCAUCCUUUCUCAUCAAGCAAAAUUGUUCAGUCUCCUUGAAACUAGGGUUAAGACUCCUAAAUUAGGGGAUCUUUACCUUAAUGUAUGUCCAGGGUGGUGUUUUACUACCAACCUCAGCCAGCAUAAAAAUGGAAGAAUAGUGGUUGGAUGGGACCCUAUUUCCUUUGAUGUUGAUGUUAAGUUCAUGAGCUCUCAAAUGGUGCAUUGCUUUGUUACUUCUAAACCUGCUGGUCACACUUUUUGGUGCAGUUUCAUUUAUGGUCAUUCUGAUAAGAAAGAUAGGGAAGCUCUCUGGAAGGACCUCUCUCACUUAGCUACCUCAAUCUCCAUGGCUUGGGUGAUCAUGGGAGAUUUCAAUGCCAUCAUGGCUAUUGAAGAUAGGGUUGGCUCUCUUGUUAAAUGGGGGGAAAUACAACCAAUGAGAUCUUGCAUGUCUUCUUGCAACCUUGCUGAAGUUAAAACCAUGGAGAGACAUUUCACUUGGACAAAUAAGCAGGAUGGUGCAGCUAGAGUUUUCACUAGGAUUGAUAGGAUCCUAGCCAACUCACAGUGGGAAGAUAUUUUCACUACUGCUGAAGCUACUUAUUUUCCAGAAGAGGAGUUUGAUCACUGUCCUAUGAUCAUGAGCUGUUAUAGAGUGGCACACCAGAAAAAACCUUUCAGAUUCUAUAACAUGUGGGUCACUUCUGAGCAUUUCAUUCCCACAAUACAGGCAAACUGGAGCAAGCCAGUCCAUGGUUGUCACAUGUUUAGGGUUGUUCGGAGGCUAAAGUGGAUUAAAGCUGACUUGAAAUUGCUCAACAAGAAUGGUUUCAGUUCAGUUGAGGCUGAUAACAUCAAAACACACAAUGAUCUUGUUCUUGCACAGAAUGCUUUGCAUGGUGCCCCUAUGGACAGUGUUCUAGCCUCAGUGGAGAAAGCUGCAAAUGAGGCCUAUAGAACUGCUCAUCACAACUAUCUUUCUUUCCUUCAGCAAACAGCCAAGCUGCAAUGGCUUCAGUUGGGUAAUGAGGCCUUUUUCACAUGA